AUGUCUUCUUCAAAGCGCAAAUCUAAGAAAUUCUCAGAAAACACUCCUCCACUUCACCCUAACAUCCUAAUCAACGACCCUCCUCUCUCCCCUUCCAUCCCUAAACACUCUCCACCCUCCAAAUCUUUGUCUUCUUCUUCUCUCAGCAGAUCCGACGCUCAGAUUCAAAAAAAUUCACUCUCCCCUCGGGACCCACCACCGCUCCAGGGAGAGAUCAAUGGAUCCAACGGUCAAAGUGAUUCAGCAUUGGAGGAUUUGGAUCCAGCAGUGAAGGUUGUGGUGAGAAUUAGAGCAGUAAACGAUCAUGAAAGAGAGGGUGGUGAUGGUGUAGUGAAGACGCUUUCUUCGAAUUCGGUAUCAAUUGGUGAUAGGAAAUUCAAUUUCGAUUCGGUUCUUGAUUCGAAUUCAAAACAGGAAGAUGUCUUCCGGUUAGUUGGGGUUCCUUUGGUUAAAAGUGCAUUAGCAGGUUACAAUUCGUCCAUCUUGUCGUAUGGAGAGACCGGAAGUGGUAAGACAUACACCAUGUGGGGCCCACCAAGUGCGAUGGUUGAGGAUCCUUCGCCGAGCAGUAACCUAGGCCUUGUUCCUCGCAUCUUCCAUAUGCUGUUCUCGGAGAUUCAGCGAGAGCAAGACAACUCCCAGAUGAAGCAGAUCAAUUAUCAGUGCAGAUGUUCUUUUCUUGAGAUAUACAAUGGGCAAAUAGGGGACUUGCUUGAUCCAGUGCAAAGAAAUCUUGAGAUAAAGGAUGAUCCAAAAAAUGGAUUAUACGUCAAGAAUUUGACCGAGGAGUAUGUGAGCAGCUACGAGGAUGUAACUCAAGUUUUGAUCAAGGGGCUCUCAAGUAGAAAGGUUGGAGCAACGAGCGUAAAUUCUAAGAGCUCUAGGUCCCACAUUGUAUUUACUAUGAUCAUUGAGUCCUGGUGCAAGGGAACUUCAUCAAAAUGUUUCAGUAGUUCAAAAAUCAGCAGAAUCAGCCUCGUUGAUCUUGCCGGACUGGAUAGAAAUAAACUUGGUGAUGCUGGUAUACAAUUUAUGCGGGAAUGCAAAAGUGUAAAGAAGUCCCUAUCACAGCUUGGGCAAUUGGUGAACACUCUUGCAAAAGGAAAUCAACCAGGGAAAUUUGCAGAUAUGCCAUACGAAGGAUCCUGUUUAACUCAUUUGCUGCGAGAAUCACUGGGUGGCAAUUCAAAACUCACAGUUAUAUGUAGCAUCUCCCCUAAUAAAAGUGAUGUGCUUGUUGGAUGCAGAAACAAUGCUGAGACGCUAAGGACGCUCAGAUUUGGCCAGCGAGUUAAAUUCAUAAAAAAUGACCCUGUUAUAAAUGAAAUAUCGGAGGAUGAUGUUAAUGAUUUGAGUGAUCAAAUUCGUUUGUUGAAGGAAGAACUUAUAAGAGCGAAAUCUGUUGUACAUAAUUCAUCUGGGAGCAAAAGUGGAUACUUCAAGGGGAGAAAUGUACGAGAAAGCUUGAAUCACUUAAGAACGAGUCUUAAUCGCUCUUUGAUGUUACCCCGCAUAGAUACUGAUUCUGACAAUGAGGUGAACGUUGAUGAGAAUGAUGUGAGGGAACUACAUCAGCAACUCAAUAAAUUACAUAGUUCUCCUGAUGACAACUCAAGAGAUCUAUCUGAUAAUGGAAGCUCCUCACACUUUUCUUCUGUAGAAGAAAGCUUUGAGAAGGAUUUGAUGAGUGAUUGGGAAGUGAAUGGCCCGCAUGAAUUUGAAGGUGAAGAAAUCAAUCUCGAGAAAGGAACGGAAGGUGUGGAAUCUGAAGAUGACCUCCCAACUGCCCCUAAUGCCUCAGAUCCUCCACAUAGAACUAGCAUUACUAUUAGUCCAUGCCGUCAGUCUGCAGUUCUCCAUGAGCCAAUGUUGUCUGAGUCUCCUAAAAUUGGAAAUACCAGCAAAAGCAUGGCCAUUCCAUCACUAUUUUCAGCAAGUCAGAACAACGUGUCAAAGAGCUCCAACUUCCCGUCAGAUGUGCUGCCACAGUCACUUAAGCAAAGUGAAAGCAUCAGAUCAUCUUUGCAUUCCAGCAAGAUGUUUCCAGGCCCCACUGAGUCCUUGGCGGCUAGCCUUCAGAGAGGCAUGCAGAUUAUUGAUUAUCAUCAUCGUAACUCUGCAUCAAACAGAUCUUCAGUUUCUUUCUCCUUCGAGCACUUGACAUUAAAACCUUGUUCAGAAGUUGACAGAGUGAAUGCUUCUCUUCAGAAGUUAGCAGAACAUGGAUCAUCUGCUUCUCUACUUUGCGCGUCUUGUAAACGGAAAAUCAAUGAUAGUUCAAACGAGGCCCAGGAUAGCUUGACAUCGACUGUGGCAGCAGAUGAAGCUGGGAACCCUAACCAACUGACAAGUCAAGUGGUCAAAGAUUCAGGGAAUGGUUUAUUAAUUACCAAUAACAGAGAGGACCUUGAAAAUUUUUGUAUGGAGCAAGCAACUAAAAUUGAGCAGCUGAAUCAACUGGUUGAAAAGUACGAACAGGAAAGGGAACAUUACAUGACACAUGGUCAAGAAGGCAAUAAGCUUCUGCUCAGGGAAUCGAAGAAUCAAAUGAUACUAUUUGAGGGAUCAGCAUGUGAAGAUGAAGAGUACCAGUCACUGAAGGAUCAAAACAAGGAGAAGGAAGCACUUCUUCUGGAAAUUCAAAGCUUACGGACGAAGUUGCAGUCAUAUACUGAUGCAUCCGCAAAAAAAUCUACUGAAAAGCUGAGAUCCUCUUUGUUGGCACAAUCCAUUCAACUACGCAAAAGAGUAGACCUAGAAAAUAAUAGCACGGAAGAACUUGAGAGGGAGAGACAGAGAUGGACAGAAAUGGAGAGUGAUUGGAUUUCCUUAACAGAUGACCUUAGGGUUGAUCUUGAAUCCAGUCGUCAGCAUGCAGAGAAGGUGGAGAUGGAACUGAGAUUAGAGAAGAAAUGCACAGAGGAGUUAGAUGAUGCACUUCAUAGGGCUGUUCUUGGGCAUGCUAGAAUGGUUGAACACUAUGCUGAUCUACAGGAGAAGCAUAAUGACUUGGUUGGAAAGCACCGUGCAAUCAUGGGAGGGAUAGCAGAGGUGAAGAGGGCAGCAGCAAAGGCAGGGACAAAAGGUGGAACACGCUUUGCCAAAUCACUUGCAGCUGAACUUUCUGCCUUAAGAGUGGAAAGGGAAAGGGAAAGGGAGUUCUUAAAGAAGGAGAAUAAGAGUCUGAAAAUCCAGCUUAGAGACACUGCAGAAGCUGUUCAUGCUGCCGGAGAACUCCUUGUAAGGCUGAGAGAAGCUGAGCAUGCUGCCUCAAUUGCAGAGUGUUAUGGAAUAGGAUAUCCAUUCCAGGGACGUGAGAAUGAGAACUCUACUGUGGUUCAUCAAGAAAAUGAAAAAUUAAAGAAGCAAAUGGAGAAGCUUAAGAGAAAACACAAAAUGGAGAUGAUCACCAUGAAGCAGUACAUGGCAGAAAGCAGACUGCCAGAAUCUGCAUUGCAACCACUAUACCGAGAGGAUUCUGACAACACGAUCCCAGACGAUGACCAGGCUUGGAGAGCGGAAUUUGGAGCAAUCUAUCAAGAGCAUUACUAA